AUGAAGAGAAGCAAUCAUACAGUCACAGACUUCAUCCUGGUGGGCUUCACAACAGACCCUGUGAUGCAGCUGGUCCUGUUUGUGCUGUUCCUCGGCGUCUACUCUCUCACCCUCAUGGGAAAUUCAACCCUCAUGGUGCUCAUCUGCAAUGACUCCCGACUGCACACGCCCAUGUAUUUUUUCAUUGGCAAUCUCUCCUUUCUGGAUCUCUGGUAUUCCUCUGUCUACACCCCAAAAAUCCUAGUGACCUGCAUCUCUGAAGACAAAAGCAUCUCCUUUGCAGGCUGUGUAGCUCAGUUCUUCUUCUCUGCUGGGCUGGCCUAUAGUGAGUGCUACCUGCUGGCCGCCAUGGCUUAUGACCGCUAUGUGGCCAUCUCCAAUCCCCUCCUUUAUGCUCAGGCCAUGUCAAGGACAUUGUGUAUCUCUUUAGUUGUUUAUUCCUAUAUUGGAGGUUUUGUCAAUGCAAUCAUACUCACGAGCAACACAUUCACAUUGGAUUUUUGUGGUGACAAUGUCAUUGAUGACUUCUUCUGUGAUGUCCCACCCCUGAUAAAACUGGCAUGCAAUGUGAAAGAAAGCUACCAGGCUGUGUUAUACUUUCUGCUGGCUUCCAAUGUCAUUACCCCCACUGUGCUCAUCCUGGCCUCCUACAUGUUCAUCAUUGCUGCCAUCCUGAAAAUCCGCUCUACCCAGGGACGUCUCAAAGCCUUCUCUACUUGCUCCUCCCACCUGGUCUCUGUCACCUUAUACUAUGGCUCCAUCCUCUACAUCUACUCUCGUCCAAGUUCCAGCUAUUCUCUUGAGAGGGACAAAAUGGUCUCUACGUUUUAUACUGUACUGUUCCCCAUGUUGAACCCCAUGAUCUAUAGUCUAAGGAAUAAAGAUGUGAAAGAAGCUCUGAAAAAGCUCUUUGGGUUCACACAAUCUGAAAUCUAA